AUGUCAAAACAGCUGUUCCAAGCUCCUGCACGUCCCUUUCAUGUCUAUAAAGGGAUGUCCAUAUCAGAAUUCAUGUCAAGUGCUUCCGGGAGAUGGGAGACAGUUGGUAUGGUAUUCUGUGUGACUGGACUCGCGACCGAGUGGAUAUCUGAGGAUGACCUUAUCCUCCGAAAACAUGACUCUGUAGACACGAAAGUUCUUGCGACAACCGCAAGUACUGUCUGUGAUAUAUGUCUACAGUUUUGCGAUAGUGUUGGUAUCGUGAACGACCUUGUUAGCUGGCUGCUGGUGCACCAGACGGCACUUUUGGCAAUCGUUUAUGGCGAGAGUGACUACCGGCCAUGGAAAAAAUUAGGAGAUCUUGCAACGGCCAUUUUUGCACUUGGUCUUCAUCAAGAUUCAAGUCAGACAACCCCCUUCUUCUUAAACGAACUACGAAAGCGUACAAUGGUGGCUGCAUUCACAAUGGACAAGGAGUUAGCUACAUUUUUGGGCCGUCCCCCUCUCAUCAGUUGGCGGUAUUGUAAUAUCUCCUACCCACUUGAUGUGAGCUUCGAAGAAUUGCUGGUGGAACCUACACCUACAGACGAUGUAAUUGCCCGCCUGCAGAAAAACCAGGGGUGGAAUUCGAAGGAUACUUUGACAAAGGGGUCCUGGGCUAGAAUAAUCCUUCUUCGGAGUAUUCAGCGUGAAAAGGUCCUCGAGCUUUCACUGGGAUCCCAAAGUGAAGACUUGCAAGCAAAAGUCAGUGCAUCGCAUCAGAUGUGUUAUUUCGGAUUACCUGCGGCUGGAAUUUUGUGUGCAGAGCUUCUGCGUCAAAGCCAGUCACCUGCACCAGACAAACCUACCGAGUUUCCUCGAUCAGAGGUGAUCCAAUCUCUGAGCGUCUUUGCAUCUCACCUGGAAAAUCUUAUACAGCCUAAUGAGGGCAACUAUCACGUCUCACAGCAGGGUCAGAGAAGCAUUGGUCGCGUCCUUGAUCAGGUUCUCUCCGUCAAUAGCCCACCUUCCACAGUCCAGGUAUUGGAUGCACUAAAUAAAGGCUCUCUUUUUGAAGAUUUGUUCCAGGAUGUCAACGAAAAUGACCGUGGAGCGUUACUAGACUGGCUAGGUGGGACAGUGGAACAUAGGCCAGAUUCAUGGCUAGGAUGGGUGAAUUUCAGCUAG